CUUAUUUGGCAUUCAACCUGAUAUUAGUACUAAUUUGCACCUACAAUCUAAUCAAUCUAAUACACAACAAACUAUACCAAACGACCACUUUCCUUAUAAUCUAAGCUUAUUUGGCAUUCAACCUAAUAUUAGUACUAAUUUAUACUUACAAUCUAAUCAAUCUGAUAUACAACAAACUAUACCAAACAACAACUUUCCUUAUAAUCUAAGCUUAUUUGGCAUUCAACCUGAUAUUAGUACUAAUUUACACUUACAAUCUAAUCAAUCUGAUACACAACAACCUAUACCAAAUAACAACUUUUCUUCUAAUCCAAGUUCUCUUGAUAUCCAACCUGACAAUCAAUUGUCUACUUCUCAUAUAGUAUACAAGAAUUAG